GUGACAUCGGCCCGCGUCGGCGGGGAAAAGGGGGGGGGGCUUUUCUGCGAGGCUGAGGCGGCCGCCGGCGGAGCAGCUGGCAUUUAUAUUCUCUCGGAAAUUCUGCAACCAAGGAGAUAUCCAGAUCUAGAUUCCAAGUGUGUGUGUGCGUGUGUGUGUCCGUCCGUCCUCAUGCAGGGCCAUCUUUCCAAGUAGUUGUUACAGUGACACUGUAGUCUGCACAACUGCAAGCCAAGCCAAAGCGAGUUAUUACUUCGACUUUUUCAGACAGUUCUUCCCCGCCAUUCUCCAGCAUGGCCUCCUCUUCCUCAACGCCUCGAUGCAACUCAAACUCCUUGGAGAACGCCUCCAUUAAAAAACCCGCGAAAGAUGGAACCAACUGGGAACACAAUGAAGAAAUUCCUCGUCUGCCAGGGGAAACGAGAGUUACAGACAAGGAGGUCAUUUACAUGUGUCCUUUCAAUGGCCCUGUGAAAGGGAGGGUCUACAUCACAAACUACAGGAUCUACUUGAGAAGCAUGGAAUCGGAUCCGACAGUGGUGUUAGAUGUGCCUUUGGGGGUUAUUGCAAGGAUUGAGAAAAUGGGGGGCGCUUCAAGCCGAGGAGAGAAUUCGUACGGAUUAGACAUUACUUGUAAGGAUAUGAGGAAUUUACGCUUCGCUUUGAAACAAGAAGGUCACAGUAGAAGAGACAUAUUUGAGCUCCUGACAAAAUACGCUUUUCCACAGUCGCAUAACUUGCCUUUCUUUGCUUUUCUGAACGAAGAGAAGUUUGUGGAAAGCGGCUGGCUGGUUUAUAAUCCUAUGGUUGAAUACAGAAGACAAGGUUUGCCCAACCUCCAGUGGAGGGUAACCUUCCUCAACGAGCACUAUGCCCUCUGCGACACGUACCCAUCCCUCCUGGUGGUGCCCUAUCACGCCACAGACGAAGAUCUCAAGAAGGUCUCUGCUUUCCGAUCCCGGUGCCGAAUACCGGUGUUAUCCUGGAUCCAUCCGGAGACCCAAGCGGUCAUCACGCGCUCCAGCCAGCCCCUGGUGGGCAUGGGGGGCAAAAGGAACAAAGACGACGAAAGAUACCUGGAAGUCAUACGGGAAACCAACGGCCAGCUGUCCAAACUGACCAUCUUCGACGCCAGGCCCAACGUCAAUGCUGUGGCUAACAAGGCCACCGGUGGUGGAUACGAAAAUGAAGACGCGUAUCCGGAGGCCGAACUGCUUUUCCUGGAUAUCCACAACAUUCACGUCAUGCGGGAAUCGUUGAAAAAGCUGAAAGACAUCGUCUACCCUCACGUGGAAGAAUCUCAUUGGCUGUCAAGCUUGGAGUCCACACACUGGCUGGAACAUAUCAAGCUGGUUUUAACUGGAGCCAUCCAAGUCGCUGACAAAGUGUCUUCCGGGAAGAGUUCGGUCUUGGUGCAUUGCAGCGAUGGGUGGGACCGCACCGCUCAGCUGACCUCUCUGGCCAUGUUGAUGUUGGACAGCUACUACCGAACCGUCAUGGGUUUCGAGGUCUUGGUGGAAAAGGAGUGGAUAAGCUUCGGGCAUAAGUUCGCAUCGAGAAUCGGUCACGGAGACAAAAACCACGCGGACGCAGAUCGGUCCCCCAUCUUCCUCCAGUUCAUCGACUGCGUCUGGCAAAUGUCCAAGCAAUUUCCCACCGCUUUCGAAUUUAACGAACAGUUUUUGAUCACCAUCCUGGAUCAUUUGUACAGUUGUCGUUUCGGUACAUUUUUGUACAGCUGUGACUCCGUCAGAGAGAAAGAGAAACUGAGUGAGAAAUCCUUGUCCCUCUGGUCCUUGAUCAACAGCGCCAAGUCAAAAUAUACCAACCCCUUUUAUACGAAAGAACUGAACCGGGCGCUUUACCCAGUCGCCAGCAUGCGCCACUUGGAACUCUGGGUGAAUUACUACAUCCGAUGGAAUCCACGCAUUCGGCAGCAGCAGCCCAACCCAAUGGAACAGCGUUACAUGGAGCUCCUGGCCCUGCGGGACGAUUACAUGAAGCGGCUGGAAGAAUUGCAAAUCACCAGCAACCCCAAACUCUCCAAUUCCUCCUCCUCCUCCUCUUCCUCCUCCUCCUCCUCCUCCUCCCAGAUGAUGUCGCAUGUGCAAACUCACUUUUGAAGGAGAAAAGAGAAGCUUCAGCUGUUCUCUCCGAAGCCUCUCGUCACAAAAGCGGUGCUUUUUCCCCCGACAUGCGGUGGGACAAAGAGAAGGAAAACUUACGAUGCCUUAUCAGAAGCUUCUUCGGGAAAUGCUCGUCCCUGCGGGGAGGAUCCGAACUCGGGGGAAGCUUUGAAAAAGUGGGUUUUACGUGCCUUCGGAAACCUCUUCGCCUGGGAGUGUGCUCUCCCGCCAUCCUAAAGCGUUGUUUUGUUGCCGAUUACCUUUGGCGCAUCCAAAUAUAUAGGCGCUUCAGUACUAAUCACCGUUUUGGGGCCUAGCACGGUUUCCUUGGUCCUCCUGGACUCAUCCUUCGUACCGGCUGCUGCUAAGACAAGUCUGGCCUCGAGGAACCAUUUACGACACCACGUCCAUCCGAUGGGCCGCCAUUUUUAACACCUAAGGUGACGGCAUCCACAACAGCAAGCUCCCAAGAACGGGAAAACUCUCCUGAAAUUGUGUGCCUGUUAAGCGAUGGCCUUAUUAUCUACAGAGCAGAUUUAACAUUCGACUUUUUUUUUUUUUUGAAAUGAAGGCAGGUGUGUGUUUGUGUGGUGCGUGCGGCCAUGUGACUGAUGUUUUGUAAUGGGUUCGCCUUCCCUGAAAUACAUUAAAAACCAUUUGCAGGACGGUUGUGCACUGAAGAAACUUAAAAUCCCAAGAGUAACACAACUUGGAAUCUUCCCUCCUGACGCUUUGCACUUCAAUUGCUAUUAGCCCCAGAUGACACACAGCUAAUGGCAACAGGAUUGUGUGUGGGAUAUCCGGAGCGCGCUAAGCUGUCCGGUUGCCUACAUUUAAAAUUUGCAGGGCGGGGUGCUUUUUCCCCCCCUUCUUGGUCAUUGUGUUGGUCUUUUGCCCAAUUUUAUUUUUCCUUCCCAGGAAUCGUUUUAAAACGUAACUUAACGAGCACUUGUAAAAUCAGCACAAUUGAUUUUUAAUACAUAUUUUGCUUAGGAUAUAAACUUUUAAAGCUGUUUUGGUCAUUUCAGAAGAAGCGAAGCAUAGGAUUUGCGAGGACUGUUUGUAGCUAACGUGAUUUAUUUUAAAAGUAUUUGGAAGGGGGCGGGGUUACCGUAUGUAAAUUACUUUGCGUGUAAGUUUUGAUCUGCAAAAUAUAAGGCAGAGAUUAUAGGAUCAAUGUGUAAAUUGAGGAUAUGGAAGUCUUUUCUGUAAAGUGUAAAUAAUACAAGUCUAAAGGAUAAAGUCAAACUCCAAAAUAAUUAUAAAUUUCUAAGUCGUAGAGGACAUUGGAAUAUUUUAGGAAUAGUAUAUUUUCAGUAUAAGAAUAAAAAUGGAGCACAUUAAUAGAAUAAAAUUGUAUACUAAGAAAUUUGCACUAUGUCUUCAGGGAUAGACUAAAAUACUUAGUACUUUCAAGCUAGCUAGCGCACGGAUUUCCUUUUUUUCAUGUCCUCUAAAAUUUCAUUCUUUGCUGAUGCUUUCGCUCUCUUGUUGUACCUAUCAGUGGGUACUCUGCUAAAGGGAAACGAGUUGGGGAAAAUGAAAUACACAACUUGUAUCACAAGAAACUCAGAUAACCCAUUGUUCUAUUUUAAAUGCUAGAGCAGAAAACUGAAAAGCUACCUAGACUCAAAACUCGAAUUGAAGGUUAUAUAAGACAUUUCUUUUUUUCCCCCCUUUGUGCUUUGUGGUGGUAAAUC